AGGGGUUUCAUGACAUGACGCUUCCAUCAAACUUUGCACUAAAUACUUUAUAGGCUACAGGAGAGCUUAGGCUAUAAUGAGCGGUUUUUAAGUUUUUUUUAAAAGAACAUGCAAAUGACGACGUAAACGUUUUCGAAAAUGAAGCCAAAUUCUGUUGGCGGGGAAAAUGUGCGGUCACCGUCUGGUGGUGAUGAUUCCACUUCGUUGUGCAUCAAACUCUGAUUCCAUUACGUUUUCACAUGGGGCCUCCUACAGUAGACUACUUUCACCUCGCAUACGGAAUAUUCCGCUGACGGCAGAUAGCUCUGAUGAUCACUGCUUCUCCCUGCGAGCGACCCCUCACUCCAACCAUCAGAGAGCAGAGGAAAGUCAGCCACCUCCACUUGAACUCUGAAGAGCCGCUGCGUUGUUAUUCACUUCACAUUGUGGAGCAUGGCAACGACAAUCACCACAGACCCGGGGACGGACCUGGAAGAUGUGCUUCGUGAGUUUGACGACGUGGUGGAGGAACUCAAAGCGCCUUGCAGAAGCAGCUCUGGUGCGACCCAACAUCUCCUUGAAGAGGGGAUACGCGGCGCGUCGAGCGACUAUUACAGCAUUAGUGGCGAUAGUGGCGUCGAGGACUCGGAUUACUGCAGCGAAGCUUCUCUGGGUAACAGUUUGAACACCAGCCAAGAGGAGCUCCGCCCAGCGGGCAUCUCGCUGACAGCUAAAGCGCGGCUGGGAGACACGGUGGAUCUUCAGAGCUUCAUCGACAGCUUGGACCGGGAGCUCUCUGAGAUGUGAACGGAGAGGGGAACACAGCAGAGAGAGAGAGGGAGAGAGAGAGAGAGAGAUGGAGAGAGAGAGAGAGAGAGGUGAGAAGAGGAGGGCAUUGGGUAACACAAGCGUAGCCCCACAAUAUCUAAACAG